AUGAGGAUAAAAAGCAAGGAAAGAAAAGAAGGAAGAAGAAGUAUCGCUCCUCACGGAAAUCUUCAACAAGCUCAACUUCUGAAUCCGAGUCAGACAGCAAGGACAGCACAAAAAAGAAAAGGUCAAAAGAAGAUUAUGAAAAAGAGAAGGAAGGCAAAAAUCACCACAGGAAAAGGAAGAAAGCUGAUCGUGGUGAUGGCCCUUUAUCAUCAGAAUCCUUAUCAGAAUCGGAUCAGACAGAGGAGGUGCAAGCAAAAAAGAAGAAAAAUAAUGAGGAAAAAGAGAAAACAGAUAAAACAAAAAGGAGAAAGAAGCACAAGAAACAUGGUAAAAAGAAGAAAAAGAAGAUUGCUGGUUCAAAUUCGGAUUCGGAAUAGUAUUUUAAAAAAAAACAAGACUAUCAACAGAAGUGCAAUGACUAAAGGAAACUUAAACUGUGAAAUGACAGCAAACUUUACCAAACUGCAUGAGUUUUCCUGUGUUUUAGAAAUAUUCCUAAUCUUUCAGUAGCCAGCCAGAUGCAGCUGUGCUGGGAACGACCAUUGUUAUUGCCUGCUGCUUAAUACAUGAGGUACAACUUUUAUAAAAUUUCAAUAAGCGGUGUUAGAUGUUUGAAACGUUACGAGAUGGUAGUCCAGCUGAGGUGUAAAAUACUGGAAAAUAAGAGUUAAACUUUUUAGAUAGUAAAGGUAGUCUGUUAAAGCAUUAGUAAUAGUCUUUAUUUGUAAAUCAGGACAAAUAAAAUCCCAAGUUCAUCCUGCAGGUUAAUAUUAUACAUAAACUAUUACAAGCUGGUGUCUGCUAACAGCAUUUGCAAAAUGGAAAACUAAUGAUAACAUUUAAAAUGCUGCCUUUGUAGAAAUGUUUAUCAUCUGCCCCAUUACCUUCUUCAUGCUUAUGAGAAAGGGAAUGCUACCAUUUUGGCUAACUGAAUAGGGUGCCUUUGUCUUUGAUUCUCGCAAAUCUCUGCUGUUUUUAAUCCAUGCAGCAUCUCUGAUUCUAAGGAAGCCAGAACUAUUGUCAGCAGACUUUUUCUGAAUAAGCAGUUCUGGGCUUCUAAGCAUGUGCUUCUGCAUUAAGCAAGAGCAAUGACAUUUUGCAGUUUAACUGACAUUAAAAACCUGAAGAUUUUACCUCUGCUUCUUUGAAAUAGCGAUAGAUCUUUGCUAGUAAAUACGCAUAUUUCAUUUAAUGUAAUUUUGGUUUAGUUGAACACUUCUUGCAAACACUGGUAGCUUUCUUUGCAUUAUCUUUAGAAUUGUUUUGCAUGAUUUGUACCAUUUUUAAAUUAACAAAAUGCAAGUAAUAAUUUGUUGUAACCAGUUCUAUGAAUUAUGUUCCACAUGCAGAGUUUCAUGUAUGUAUUUAGUUAUUCUUAUAGUUAAGUUCAUUGCUGUGUUUAAGUGCACACUUGCUGAAGAUAUUUAGCACGUAAAAAGCAGGGUUUUGAUACCUUAACAGCUUCAUAUUGAAGCUGAUUUUACUCUAAGCAAGUUCAGUGGCAGACCUGUUAUGUGAUGUGUCUUGUUAGAUAAAAAAAACUACUGCCAGAAUCUCAUUAAAGAUACUGUUUAAACAGUUUGUAUUUAUAUUUUUGUAUUUGAGGGCUACAGAAUGUUG